AUGAAAGAAGAAUAUAGAAGGAACUUAUGUCAAGCAACUCAUUGCUCUAUAAACUUUUUGAUUUUGUUCAUCGCAUUUAAUUCAGCUCAGAACAUCUAAUCAGAGGCACUCUAGUAAGAUAACUUCGGCUAGCUUGGCUUUCAGUCAAUAGCGAUCUUGUAUUUAGGAGUUGCAGUCGGAUGUGUCUUCUCCACAGUGGUCAUGAAAAGGAUUGGUGAGGUAUAAUGCAUGGCUCUUGGAGCUAUUUUAAAUGUACCUUGGAUAUUAUCAUACGCUCUUUGUGGAAUUUCAAAAGAUACUAACCCAGAUGAUCGGAAAUUUUACCUAUAACCCAGUUUCAUAACUGGACUUAUAAUUACUCUCUCCUUUAUAAAUGGACUAGGGCAAGCCAUUUAAUGGGUUGGCCAAGGGAAAUAUUUAAGUGAUUGUGCUACAGAGAGCACCAAAGGAUUUUUCUUCAGCUUUUUCUGGUCUUUUUACAUGGCAUCUUAAAUUUUUGGAAAUCUCAUUGGAGCUUUUUGCAUUGAACUAAUGCCACAGCAAAUCUUUUUUGUUGUCCUUUCAGGAAUAUCAUUUAUCUCUUUCUUCUUCUGUUUAUUUCUAAGAAAACCGGUAUCUGAUGCAUCGCCUUUAGAUGAAUUAGAAUCACCACCUAUAUCUGAGAGACAUUUCAGCAGUGAUCUUACAAUGGCAAGUCUAACUGAAACUAUUCAACCAUAUUCUCCAAUCCCACAACGAAACACAGAAAUAAAAUAGUAAUCUAUUAUUACAGAUAUUGUAUCCAUAUGGAAUAUGGCUAAGACUAGAAGAAUGAGAUUAUUUUUACUCCAAUAAUUCUGGACUGGAGUGAGUAUAGCCUAUUAUUCUGGUACUCUUACACCGCUUAUCUCUGCAACUUUACCAAAUGACAGUGAUAGUGAUAAGCUGAGCAAAUCUAUGCUUGCAAUGGUAGCUUUUGGAGUUGGAGAAGUUGUCGGUGGAUUACUUAUUGGAUACCUAAUAGAUACAAAAGGAUCAAAAUUUGUAGUAAUUGCAAAUGUUGUUAUAAUGAUUCUUAUGGUAUUUUUUACAAUUUUCUACUCUGUUGCAUUUACUUAUAGUCCAUUAGCUUUUGUUAUGACAUUUUUAUGGGGUGUUUAAGAUGGAGGGGUAAAUACUCAUUGCUUUGAAAUGCUAGGUUUUGAAUUUGCCAAUAAUUAUGAGCCUUAUUCAAUCUUUAACCUACUUUAAGCACUAGGAGCUUCAAUAUUUCUAAUAGUUGCUUCUUUUGUAAAUGAUUAAUCUACAUUCAUAGGUUAUUCAUCAGCAAUCGGUGCUUUUGGAAUUCUUUCUUGCGGAAUAACUUAUUUCUUCCGAUUUAGAGAGACAUAAGAAGAUAAGAAAAAGAAGAAAAAAAUGAAAAGAUUGCAGCAAUAACAAAAAGCUAUGUCAGUUUCUACCAAUGGUGAUUAUAAUAGAUUGCUAUCAGAAGACAUGAACAACAUUAAUCGCACCGAAAUUCUUGAUCAUAAAUUAUCAAGCGAUGCUAGUUCUCGAAUGAAAUUCAUCGAGUUGAAUGAAGCUGAUUCUUCAUAAUUGAUAGCAAGUAGUAAUGAAUGA